ACACACAAGGAAAGUAAAAAUGUGUCCUGUACUGAAAUGGGACUUGCUUAGAACUUUUUUUUUUUUUUGUGAAAGAUUAGAUUUCUUCCUUGUUGCUGCAUCUAUGUUGCGAUACGCUGAACACAAUCAUCAGUUCAAGGAAAAGUUUGGGUUGGUCCCUCCUCCUAUGUCUCCUCGUCUUCCCUCCCACAGGGUGUGGAUAGCAGCGAGCAUGUGUAAAAAAAAUGCUCAACAAGGUACUAUUUUCAAAACAGACUACAAUAGACAUACCUUUCCGUCAAGAGGAACACCUAAGCCUCCUGGAAAUACAAAAUUUUCACCUGGCCUUUCAACUUUCAACAUCACACGGGAAAAGAGUAUGUCAACAUCAACACCUCACAACUUCCUACGGCCGCUUCUGGCUUCAGUGAUUUUUUUGGGAUGCUUAGGGACUCUCUUUUUGAUGUAUGGCAACUCAUCCAUCCAAUGGUUGUAUGAUCCAGUAAAAACAGCCGUUUGCUCAAACCAGGAAACGGGGAUCCCCACCAUUGACAGCAACAAUGUAACUACUUUGCUGGUCUGGCUUUUGCCCUUUGGAAGCAAAACUGACCUGAGUGUCUGCAGAUCUCUGUUUAACAUUGAAGGCUGCUUCCUCACCACAGAUAGAAGUCUGUACAGCAAAGCAGACGGGGUCCUUAUCCAUCACAGAGACAUCGCUCCAGACCUGUCAAAUCUGCCGAAGCUCCAGCGACCAUCAUUUCAGAAGUGGAUAUGGAUGAACAUGGAGUCACCAUCGAAUUCAGCAAAGCUGCCUGGGAUUGCCAACUUGUUCAAUCUGACUCUUAGUUACCGCCUGGACUCUGGGAUUUCAGUGCCUUCUGGAUCUCUCCUGACAGUAGACACUGAGGAUUUUGUAUUACCAAAGAAAACAAAUCUAGUAUGUUGGAUUGUAAGUAACUGGAAUGAGAACCAUGUACGAGCCAAAUACUACAAAGAGAUGAGCAAGUACGCACCUAUUCAAGUAUUUGGAAACGCCUUUGGUAGACCAAUCCCUAAUGAUCAAUAUUCCUCUACCAUGUCCAGCUGUAGGUUCUACUUAGCUUUUGAGAACUCAAUCCACAAAGACUACAUAACUGAGAAACUGUUCAACCCCCUUUCUUUGGGGACAGUGCCAGUGGUCCUAGGCCCAUCCAGACAAAACUAUGAGAACUUAAUUCCGGGAAGCUCCUUCAUUCAUGUGAAUGACUUCAAAUCACCCAAAGAGCUGGUUGAGUACCUCAACGUCCUGGAAAAGAAUGAGACCGAGUACCUCAGGUACUUUGAGUGGCGAAAGGACUUCAUGGUCAAGAGGCCCCAUUUCUGGAUAGAACAUGCAUGCAGGGCUUGUGAGCACCUGAAAAGACACAAACAGUAUGAAGCUUUCCACGGACUGGACAAGUGGUACUGGAACUAAUUGUGUUGCAAAAAAACAAAACAAAAAACUAUGCAUUCUCUGAAGUGUCAGCCAUCAUGAUAAUGACGCAGAAAAAUGUGAAAGUAGACAAAAAAAAUAUGCACAUUUUAUGUUUUAUCCUCUGAACAAUGACUUCUCUAUAAGCACUGUGUGAACAAAUGCAGAUGGUCGACUCAGAGUUAUUUAAAAGGUUAACCACUUUGAUGAAAUGGCAUGUAUUGUAUUUUUUAUGUUUUUGUUGGAAUUCAGUGCAGAUAGGAGAUUUAUUGCAGUACAGUCCAAUUAAAAUAUGACAAACACUAGGAUUUUAUUUUGAAGGAUCUACGUUUUGCCUAAUUAAAGACUAAAUAAAAUAAGGUCAAAAUAAUAGAGGAACUUUUAUGGUUUUUAAAUAUUUGAAUUUGUAAGGAAAAUAUAUUUUGGACAAAAUAUUGACAUUAAUACUCUGUCCCUUGAGCCGGCAGCCAUCAAUCAUUCAAAUAAGAAAAUUGGAAAGCAUUGGAAAGAUUACAUAACAUUUUUUAUUGUCCUGUUUCUAAAUAUAACUGCAAAAUCUGUAAGCAAACCCUGAAAAUUUUACUGACUUAAAAUUUUUUGAACUUUUGACCUUCUCUAGGAUAAGGACUUAGAUCCUCUGUAUUUUUUUGAAUUGUUUUAAAACAGCAAAAAUACAUUGUAAAGGUCUGUUGUUUGCAUUCAUAAGCAGAACCAUUUAUGUGCCUUUAACAUGUACUUUAUGGAAUUUAACAGUAGAUUUAUUUUUUACAAAGGUACUUUUCUUUGUGAUAAAUUGGAUUUUUUUAAGGUGUCUUGAAUUGUGAGAAUUUGGAAAUUUCUAUGUAGGACACCAGACUGUACCACCAUAAUAUGUCAUUAUGG